AUGGGGUUGCCGGACAUGGACGGGCCUGCCCACGCCGAGGUCAAAACCGAUGAUACCAGAAGCUUCGACGUCGCGCCGCGCUUCUCCAUCCGGGCGGUGGAUGGACGUCGUGGAGGCGAGUCACACGAACAAAAGGGGCAUCAUCAAAGUUUCCUGGUCGCCGGUCCGAAAGUCGAUGUGCCAAAAACCAUCAUCUUUCACCCCGACCCCGAUCCGUCGUUGGGUAAAGUUAUGGACAAGUUUGUGGGGACUUUCGGGUAUGUUUGGCUGGAACGAAAUGCUGCUCAAGCUGACACCUUUCAGUACGCGCUCUUUCUUCCCUUGGUCGAUGUAGGCGAUCUGGGGUCGGGCUUGAACACGAUUUUCCUUCCCACAAACGGGUUCGGCGAGGAUAAAGGCAAGGACAAUCUUCUCCAGAUCAACCUGACGAUUGAGAGGCUGCAAUUCAUGCAGGGCUCCGUCCUUGGCAAGAUUCCCAAUCGAGGAUUCCAUACUCAAGGGAAUGUGGCCCUGACCGGGAUACCUUAUCAGCAGACGGUAUCUGACCGGCUCAACAAGGAUACCGGCAGAGCAGACCUGACAGACCCGGUGGCUAUUCAUUUUGAACAAGGCCUGUUCUUGUUGACUCCUGCGACGGAUUCGCCCAAGAACCCGGCCACGAUUUCCCGCAUGGCGUCGAUCCCACACGGAACUGCCUUCACCACUCAAGACAUCGAGCCACAGAGCAUGAUUCCGACAGCGCCCGUGAUUCCGGAUAUAAACAUUAUGCCGUUUCCCGUGACGGGGACUGCGACGAUCGGCAAAGCCACCGGCGGGUUGCAGAACAUGACAGACGAGGUUGUUGACAAGAGGAUCCGUGAACCAGAAAACCUGAAAAAGUUUCAAGACACCAAGGUUCUCACUCUGGCCGAUGUUAACAAUCCGAACCAGUUCCUUCAAGCCAUCAACGCGAAAAAGCAGUUUGUCGGCCACUGGACGUUUACUCUGAAGUCUCGACAUCCAAACCUGGGAGGCGGCGGCGUGUCCAACAUAGCAUUCCUUGCCGACGGUGACAAGACGAAAGGGUUCUUCAAGGAUGCGGUGAAGGGCAACGCGAAUGCGACUGACGUGACAUGCCAAUACUGGGUGUCGAUUGUGAAGCACAAGGUUGAGAUACCAGCGGAUGAUUACACAAACAAAGACGCCACGGACCUUUUGCCGACUGACAAUCAAGUUGAUGUCCCCGGCCCGAGAUUCCACAUCCAGGUGGGAAAGAAACUCACCAGCAAGAAGACGAUCGAUCUUACUUCGACGCAAAUUCAAUAUUCUCAAAACGUGAGGCUGGACUUUGGCAUAUUAGCCUGGCCGCACGUUUCGGUGGCGACGCUGGCUCCCGACCUGCCGAUUUUCAUCCCCUCAACCCACCCUGCGGUUGCAGCGUUGUAA